AGCGGCGGAGGUCCGGGGCGCCCAGCCAGCACCCGCCGCUCCCGGCUCCACUCGGCUCUCUCGUCUCCGACGCCCGUCUUCUCCUCUUUCUCCAGCCGUCCGUUCCGUCGGUCUCCCAGCCGCCGCCGCCGCCGCCGCCAUGGAAGCCAUCAAGAAAAAGAUGCAGAUGCUGAAGCUGGACAAGGAGAACGCCAUCGACCGAGCCGAGCAGGCGGAGGGCGACAAGAAACAGGCGGAGGACCGGUGCAAGCAGCUGGAGGAAGAGAAGCAGGGCCUGGAGAAAAAACUCAAGGGAACCGAGGAUGAAGUGGAGAAAUACUCCGAAGCGGUCAAGGAAGCCCAGGAGAAGCUGGAGAUGGCCGAGAAGAAGGCGGCCGACGCCGAGUCAGAUGUGGCCUCUCUGAACCGCCGUAUCCAGCUGGUGGAAGAGGAGCUGGACCGAGCACAGGAGCGCCUGGCCACCGCCCUGCAGAAGCUGGAGGAGACGGAGAAGAUGGCUGACGAGAGCGAGAGAGGCAUGAAGGUCAUCGAAAACCGAGCCAUGAAGGAUGAGGAGAAGAUGGAACUGCAGGAGAUGCAGCUGAAGGAGGCCAAACACAUCGCUGAAGAGGCGGACCGCAAAUAUGAGGAGGUGGCCCGUAAACUGGUGAUCCUGGAGGGGGAUCUGGAGCGCUCGGAGGAGAGGGCAGAGGUGGCCGAGAGUAAAUGUGGGGACCUUGAGGAAGAGCUGAAAAUUGUCACCAACAACCUCAAAUCUUUGGAGGCUCAAGCUGACAAGUAUUCCACCAAGGAGGAUAAAUACGAGGAGGAAAUAAAACUGCUGACGGACAAGCUGAAAGAGGCUGAGACUCGGGCAGAAUUUGCCGAGAGGUCUGUGGCGAAGUUGGAGAAAACCAUUGAUGAUCUAGAAGACGAGGUCUAUGCCCAGAAGAUGAAGUACAAGGCCAUCAGCGAGGAGCUGGACAAUGCGCUGAAUGACAUCACCUCCCUCUGAGCCCCAGCACGGCCGCACUGCCCUGCCCGGCCACCCCCUGGCACCCCCCACCUUCUGCAGAUGCCUUGUCAGCACUCUCCCCUUCCCCCCACUUCUCCACCCGUUGGGGGGGACGAUGGGGUGACGGGGUGGGGGGGAUUUCCAUGGAGGGAGCUGGGCUCUUCUGUACCCAAGUGCCUUAGGGCUGCACUCUGGGGGGGCUGGCUGUGCCAAGAAAGCAGCCUGCCUUAUGUGGGGUGGGAGAUUCGGUGGGCCGGGGAAAGGCCCCUGCCUGGGUAGGACGGGAGGGCGACAGACCCCAGGCCCCUGCCGGAACCUCCUGGCUCUGCUUGUCCCUCCCCCUUGCCUGUCUUCCAUGUUCUGUUCUCAUCUUCUUCGUUUCAAUAAACAUCUCUCAAGCUCUC